AGCAGUCCAUUAGCCGAGAAUUAACAUUUGACGUAGCUACUGCUGUUAGCUCAGAAAUUUUGCAUUAACAGGCCUGUUAUUCAUGAAUUUUCUGUUGAAGCGUGUGGUUGUUGGGUUGUUGCGGCCGGUAAAUGCUGAAAAAAACGAGAAAACAGACAAAAGCCGCGUGUGAAAUUGUAUUCAAUAAUUAGUUAAUGUGCUCUGCCAAGUGUUAAAAUGUUUUAGCCACUCAGGAGUCGACUAUUUUGUUCUUUUCCACUGCAUGUGCGACAUCACUGUUACUUCCCUGCGCUGUUCGCUGUUUUCUCUGCGCGUGUGCUUUGCCAUCGCGUUCGCUAUCUCGAUUGUUUACGAAUUUGUGUGCGUGGAUAAAUGUGCAAAAACUUGUGGAAAACUACAAUAUAUUGAAUGAAAAUGCCAAGCAAAGGCCUUGAAAUCAAGUUGAAUAUGAAAAAUUAUAACAAUAAAAUGGUGCUCGCUUUACUUGCGCUAGCUGCGCUGCUGCAGCUCAACGGAGGCAACGGCGUCGCAGCGCAUUUGAACGUGUUCCUGAACCCAGAGGAGGUGAUGCGAUUGCUGGGCGUCUCGGCGGAGGUUUACUAUGUGCGCGAGGGCCACAUCAACAACUAUGCAUUGAAUUUCAUUGUGCCGGUGCCGGCGAAUGUGCGGGACGUGAGCUUCACGUGGCAAUCGCUGGCGGGGCGACCGCUGCCGUACAGCCUGAACGUGGUUAGCUCUGACCAGGAGGUGCUGCCUCGGCCAGCGUUGAAUGUGUCACAUAUCGGCGAGAUUCCGACGCACAUUCAGACGUGGGCCGUGGCGCUCAAGUGCAGCGGGUUGCGCGCUGCGGAGGUGGAUAUCACCAUCAGCAUGGAGGUAAUGCUGAAUCGUGCUCUGAAUAAUGUCACCCAUUUGGUAUUCCGGCGCAAGAAGAUCUGUUUGCAUAGCGACAGCGACGAGGAGCAGCUGCAGACGGCGGGCAACGAUGUAGAUGAUCCACAGCUGUUGGAAACAGUGCUGCCACCGCCCACGGGCCUCAUUACCCUGGUGGUGGGCGUUACGGUGGCCAUGAGCGCCGUUUGCAUACUCCUCGUGAUUGCGUAUUGUGUGCGGGGUGCUGCGGCUAAGCGGCAACAUCAUCAGCAUGGCGGCCAGCCGAUGCGAACCUCCAGCUUUCAGCGCCUCAACACGCAGCCGCCGUGUCAAUCGUCUCUGGGCUCUGCUGCCUACAUGACACCCUCGAUUAUUGGGCCUGUUCAUGGCUCGUCCCUGCCCCGAAAGGUCGCCGUAAGCGUAGAGCAGCAACAGCAGCCGGAAGAGCUGCAUCGUCGCAUCUCCGAGCUGACUGUGGAGCGCUGUCGCGUGAGACUCUCCAGUCUGCUGCAGGAGGGAACUUUCGGGCGCGUCUAUCGUGGCACAUACAAUGACAGCCAGGACGUGCUCGUCAAGACGGUGGCUCAGCAUGCCAGCCAGAUGCAGGUGCUGCUACUGCUGCAGGAGGGCAUGCUGCUGUAUGGCGCUUCUCAUCCUGGCAUCCUCUCCGUUCUGGGCGUAUCCAUCGAGGAUCAUACGACGCCAUUUGUUCUUUAUCCCGCAUUGAACAACACACGCAAUCUAAAGCUCUUCCUGCUGGAUCCGGCCUGUGCGCGAACUGUUACCACCAUUCAGAUUGUGAUGAUGGCUUCGCAGCUGUCCAUGGCUCUAGACCAUUUGCAUAGUCAUGGCGUAGUGCACAAGGACAUUGCCGCACGGAACUGCAUUAUUGACGAUCAACUUCGCGUGAAACUGUCCGACAGCUCGCUGUCGCGCGAUCUCUUCCCCUCGGACUACAAUUGCUUGGGCGACAGCGAGAACCGGCCCAUCAAGUGGAUGUCGCUGGAGGCACUGCAGCAUAAGCAAUUCUCCGAAGCGAGCGAUUCCUGGGCCUUCGGUGUGCUAAUGUGGGAGCUCUGUACAUCGGCAAAGCAGCCCUACGCUGAAGUGGACCCCUUUGAAAUGGAGCAUUACUUAAAGGACGGUUAUCGUCUGGCUCAGCCCUUCAACUGUCCUGAUGAGCUCUUUACGAUCAUGGCUUACUGCUGGGCUCUGCUACCCGGAGAGCGUCCAACUUUUGCUCAGCUGCAGUCCUGUCUAUCAGACUUCUAUUCACAGAUCACGCGCUAUGUCUAAAAGGCCACUGCCAAGGCGUCAGCGUUAAGGGCGCGCACUUGUAAAGGGCGUGGCUAGUCCAUAUAACUCAUCCGCAAACGCAUCGCAGCAACGGUCCUCGAAUUCCUCAUACUCUUACCAUAGUUAGCCGAAAGUCCAGUUAGUCUAUAUAAACGUUGUUAUAUUGCCAAAUCUUAUGUUUAGAGUCUCAUGGUCGAUUUUUGUACAUAGUUUAUAGUAACUCGAUUUAAGUUCUUAAUUAGUUCAUUAUCGAAAGACUCAAAUACACACACACAUACAUACACUCACUCACUCACUCACUCACAUAAUCAGAGAUAUGCGACUUACACAUAGAGAUUGCCAAGGCUUUUCUGCAAUCUCCAAGCAUUUAAACACUGGAAUAACAAUUUAAUUAAGAUAAGUCUAGCAAAAGAACCUUGAACCGAAAUCAAAUAUAGUGAUAUUUAUCUAUACAAUUACGUAUGUUAGAUCGAUAAGUUUUAAAGUAUACAUAUGACUACAAUAAAAUAAAAUACAUAUUUAUAAAAGUGCACAAU